AUGGUCGGAAUUCCCCGUGGGACAACAAUUGAGGGACUCCGUUUUGGUGACCUUGUUGAUGUCGCCCCCUCAAUUCUCUCACAUCUCGACGAGUUGAAGGCGUUAAAUGGGAGAGCGCAUGGAGAAGUGGCAAUAAGGGAGGCGAUCACUGAAUUGGAGAUGUGGGCAGCGCAUACACAAUUCUCGCUUGUUGAUUAUAAACAUACGAAUGGGCAGACGAUCAAGAUUAUUAAGGAGUGGAAGGAGGCUAUUAAUUCGGUAAAAGACAGUGAGGCGCUUCUGCAAUCGCUGAAGAAUUCCCCUUACUAUGGCCAAUUCUCGGACCGUACACAGUUGUGGGAAGGAAGACUCGGCGAGCUGGACGUUUGUCUCGGUCAAAUGGCCGAUAUUCAAAGGAAAUGGGUGUAUUUGGAGCCGAUUUUCGGGAGAGGGGCUCUGCCACAUGAAGCAUCACGAUUCGCGAGAGUUGAUGCCGAUUUUCGGCUGAUUUUGGCAGACGUGGCAAAAGAUGCCCGACUCAUCUCACUAUGCUCUCGGACAGGACUCCGUCGAAACCUGGAGCAAGUGGUCGAGCAGCUGGGGAGAUGCCAGCGAGCUCUUGCUCAGUUCCUCCAAGAAAAACGAGCCGCAUUUCCGCGCUUCUACUUUUUGGGCGAUGAUGACCUGCUCGAGAUCCUCGGCCAAUCGACCAAUCCGCUGGUGAUCCAGGCUCAUUUGAGAAAGUUGUUCCAGGGCAUCGACAAAGUCGUUUUCGGGGAGGGCAACCUGACCCUGGUGGCGAUGGUGUCGGCUGACGGCGAAGUCGUUCUCCUAGACGCGCCUGUACGCCUGGUCCCCCAAGUCGAAACCUGGCUCCAACAUUUAUCCGAUCGAAUGGCCUCCACGUUGCGCCUAUUGACGGUCGAUGCACUCCGCGAUGACGGUCUCAACCCGGGCAAAUAUCCUUCGCAGGUGCUCUGUCUCGCUGAAGAGGUCCGUUUCUGUCGUGAGUGCGAGCGAGCCCUCGACUCGUCCUCCUUGCCCUCCCUCCACACUUCCCUUCAACACCAAUUGACACAACUUACCGGCCUUCAACCACGUGAUGAAGGGUUACUGAGGUUGAAGCUCAAGGCCCUCAUUCUCGAUCUCAUCCACCACAUCGACGUUGUUCAGCAACUAAUCACGGCGCAGGCACGGAGUACGGCCGAGUGGACAUGGCAACGACAACUCCGGUUUUAUCUCGAUGGAGAUAAAGUGGUCGUACGACAGAUUGACGCUCGAUUUGACUAUACUUAUGAAUAUCAGGGCAACGCACCGAAACUCGUCCACACGCCGCUGACGGAUAAGUGCUAUCUGACCCUGACACAGGCGAUGUCGAUGGGAUUGGGAGGGAAUCCGUUUGGUCCCGCCGGAACCGGCAAAACCGAGUCCGUCAAGGCGCUGGGAGCGCUUUUUGGGCGACAGGUACUCGUGUUCAACUGCGACGAGGGCAUCGAUGUCGUCUCGAUGGGCCGCAUCUUUGUCGGUUUGGUGCAAUGCGGGGCGUGGGGCUGCUUCGACGAGUUCAACCGGCUCGAGCAGACUGUGCUUUCCGCCGUUUCGCAACAUAUUCAAGCCAUACAGGAUGCGAUCCACCACCGUUCCCCAUCCGUGACUCUUGGCCAGUAUACAGCCCGCGUCGAUCCCAAUUCCGCCAUCUUCAUCACGCUCAACCCGGCCGGCAAGGGAUACGGCGGUCGCCAAAAGAUGCCGGACAACUUGAAGCAGCUCUUCCGGCCGGUGGUGAUGUCCGUUCCGGAUAAUGAACUCAUCGCCGAGACGCUCCUCUUUGCCGAAGGUUUCCGCGAGGCUAAGCCGUUGGCUAGAAAAACUGUAGCAGUCUUCAGUAAUGAGGCGUCCAUCGUCGUGCAAGCGCUACUGUUGAAUACGCUGUCAAAAUUGACUUUUGCCGACUCGAGGCGAUUCGACGCGCUCAUACAGGAUAUUUUCUAUACUGGAGGACCGGAAAAGAAGGAUGGAAAGGAGAGCAUGGCUCCAUUUGGGGCACUUUUGGAGCCGCUGCAAAAAUCGGCUGAAGAGAUGGGUAUCCGCCUCGGGGAUCGGCAGCUUCACAAGCUUUUCCAGCUCCAUGAGCAGCUACGACAACGUAUUGGCGUUGUCGUCGUCGGCCCAUCCCAAAGUGGAAAAUCGACAUUGUGGCGUGUCCUCAAACGAGCGUUGAUCAUCAGCGGCCAACGGCUCGCCUGCUACGAGUUGAAUCCAAAAGCCACAACCCGCACAAGACUGCUUGGCCAUAUGGAUAUGGAUACACGAGAAUGGACCGAUGGUAUAAUCACCAUGGCGGCGAGGAAUGUUAUUAAGGAUACACAGGUCCAUACUUGGAUCGUCUGUGAUGGUGACAUCGACCCGGAAUGGGUCGAAGCCCUGAAUUCAGUCCUAGACGACAAUCGCCUUCUGACGAUGCCCUCUGGAGAGCGCAUCCAGUUCGGCGCCAAUGUCAAUUUCCUCUUCGAGACCCAUCAUCUACAAUUCGCCUCCCCGGCUACGGUAUCCAGACUGGGAAUGUUACUAACCAGCGAAGAGGACGUGAGCCCUCGUGAUGUCGUGGAAAAAUGGGUGCGAGCCCAGGGACCGGAGGAAUCACCCGAAAUUGCGGGAUGGCUAGAGGACAGCUUCUACCGUAUCCUCCAAAUUGUCGAUCAGAGACAGACCACGGCCGGGAUACGGUUGCCUCCAAUCGCUCUGACACAAAAUGGGCUCUCGUUGCUUGGAGGCGUGCGGUCAAAACCCGAAUUUCUCGUCGCGCUGUAUCGAGGGUUUGCAGGCUCGGUGCCGCUGGACGCUCGAAAAGAGCUGGCCGCCGCGGUAUUUGAGGGUGAACAUCUACCAGACGCCUCUCAGCCCGAUCUUGUCUAUUUUGACGAUCGAACUCGAAUGUUACAAAUGUAUACAGAAGAUACGGGGCAGGGAUUGACGAGGGAACAAGUUGAGGGGCAAGGUCAAGCUCCACCUCUCGUUUUGACACCCAAUGCCCAGGCUACCACCUCGCUUAUACAGGCAUGGCUGACCGACGCGAGCCACCCAUCAAUCUGUGUGGUCGGACCGGAAGGGAGCGGAAAAGCGAGUCUGAUGCAGAACAGUCUCCAGACCCUCCCGCUAUCCAGAACGGCUACACUUUCAUGCUCUGCACAAACUUCAGCACAUACCCUACUUCAUACCCUUCAUCAGCACACUGUUCAGGUGUCCGGUGCAGGUGGCCGUGUACUGCGCCCAAAAGACGGUGGUGGCCAGUUGAUCGUUCUCCUUCGAGGUCUCAAUCAAACCUCCCCGGAUCGCUAUGGCACCUCACAACUUCAUGCUCUACUCCAACAACUCCUCACCUACCACGGAUUCUUUGAUGAUGCUUUGGAAUGGAUCGGGUUGGAGGGAAUUCAAUUCGUCGUCACCAUGGCGUUGGAAGGGGCUGGAAGGUCGAAAACUACC